AUGUCCAUUUGUGAGAAAUAUUUUCCAAACGAACCAGAAAAACCAGUCGUUAAGACUUCAUCAUUCCCAGGGCCUGCAUCCCAAGAGGGUAUCAAGACUUUGAAUAAGGUCUUUGAUAGCAGACCAGCAUACUUCAUAACUGAUUACGAAAAGUCAGUUGGUAACUACAUUGUCGAUGCUGAUGGCAAUGCCUACUUAGAUGUCUAUGCUCAAAUCGCAUCCAUCGGGUUAGGAUACAAUAACCCAGCGUUAAUUGAGGCGGCCAAGUCCGAUAAGAUGAUCAGAGCAAUUGUGGACCGUCCAGCCCUUGGUAACUUUCCAGGUACUGAUACUGCAGAAAUUAUCGAGGAUUUAUUGAAGGCGGCUCCAAAGGGUCAAGAUAAGGUUUGGUCCGGGUUAUCUGGAGCCGAUGCCAACGAAUUGGCAUUCAAGGCGGCAUUCAUGUGGUACCAAGGUAAGAAGAGAGGAUUCAAUACUCCAUUUACUGCUGAAGAAAACGAAUCAGUCAUGAAGAACGAGCAGCCAGGUAGUCCAGAAUUGGCCAUUCUUUCAUUCAAGAGGGCAUUCCAUGGUAGAUUAUUCGCCAGUGGUUCAACCACCUGCUCCAAGCCAAUUCACAAGUUGGACUUCCCUGCAUUCAAAUGGCCAAAAGCUGAAUACCCAUCGUACAAGUACCCAUUAGAUAAGCACGUUGAAGAAAAUAAGAAGGAAGACGAACGUUGUCUUAAAAUCGUCGAUGAAAUCUUUUCUACUAACAACAUUCCUAUUGCCGCUUUGCUCAUCGAACCAAUUCAAUCUGAAGGUGGUGACAACCAUGGUUCAAACGAGUUUUUCCAAGGAUUGAGAGACUUGACUUUGAAACACGGUGCCUUAAUGAUCGUUGACGAAGUCCAAACUGGUGUUGGUGCUACAGGUAAAUUCUGGUGUCACGAACAUUUCAACUUGUCUUCACCUCCGGACAUGGUUACUUUCUCUAAGAAGUUCCAAUCGGCUGGUUAUUACUUCCACAACCCAGAAAUUGUUCCAAGCACUGCAUACCGUCAGUUCAGCACCUGGUGUGGUGAUCCAGCUAGAAUGAUCUUAGCUGGUGCCAUUUGUCAAGAAGUCAUAAAGAAUGAUUUACCAGCAAAGGCCCAAAAAGUCGGUAGCUACUUGUUCUCCAAGUUGGAAGCCUUACAAGCCAAAUACCCUAAAUAUCUUAUUGACUUGAGAGGUAAAGACAGAGCUACUUUUAUUGCUUGGUCUUUCGACACUGGUGCUACUCGUGACCAAUUUUUAAAGGACAUGAAGUCUGUCGGUAUUAAUAUGGGUGGGUGUGCUGAAACCUCAGUUAGAUUAAGACCUACCUUAGUGUUCGAAGAGAAGCAUGCCGACAUCUUCGUUGCUGCCGUUGAACAGGUUUUAUCUAGCUACAAGUAA